CACACACACACAGUGGAGUGGAGAGGAAACACCUCCUUUUGUUCUCAUUUGUAUUUGUAAGUGUCUCUCAGACUCGAGCUCAGUGUAGAAAGUGUUCCAUCACAGCUUAAACGUCAGUAUUGUAACCUCUGACCUGGAGUGCUUUUCUAAAAACUGGACAUUUUUUUUCUUCUACAAGGACAUACGGUUCUGCAUUGUUCUUCUGGAUGUUCCUGAAAUCUUUUGAAUUUUUCGGAAAAUCCACCCGAUGUCAAAGUUUUUCCUGGAGGUUGCAUAUUUCUGAAAAUUUCUAAAGGAUUUCUCCUGGAUGAUUCAAUAAUCUUUAGAUCAUCUUGGAUGAUGAAUUAGUGUUAAGGUUCUCUCUGAUAAAGACAUGAGAAUCACAACUCUCAUAAAGCUUUAGGAAAUCUGAACAUGACAUGUUCCUGUUUGUUCCUUAAUCAUGAGGGUGUAGAUGUUUCUAAAAUAAUAAUAAGAGAAAACUUUAGCUGGAUUUAUCUCUUACUUUCUAAAUGAUUCUAGAAUAUUAAUUAAAUAUCAAGACCUCUGAAUAUAAAUUAAAUUUGAUGACACAACCACAAAAGUACUCCAGAUGUUUCUGAAGUGAGAAAGAUCUAGCCUCUGGUACAGUGGGCUGUUAUGAAGAGACUCAAAGAGGAGUUUAGGACUUGAUCUGACUGCUUAUAAACGCAGCUCUGAUGCUGCUGAAGUUGUUCAUCUCUUUCUGCUGUUUCAUCAGUAGCUGGUCAUCACCAUGGAGACCAUGCACAGCUCAGGUGAACCAUCUUAUCAAGAACAAAUCAAGACAAAGACAAACUAUCAAGACACCUUCACAUCUUUCUCAGAUCUGUUACCACUGGACCUGCUGCAUCGUGUCCUUCCUGUGGGCAGUCACCAGACUCUGGUCCGCAUGGUUCAGUCCCAGGGAUCAAGAGGACUGAAACUUUCUGGACCUCCACAGGCUCUGAGUUUCCCAUCAUCACAGAUCUUUACCAACUGCAACUUUUUUCCUGCUGAGUUUUCCAUUGUGGUCACACUGAAGAUCCCAAAAUUAAAUCCGACUAAGGAUGAAUACAUAUUCACACUUUUAAAUGGAGAUUCAGAUGAGCUCCUUGUUGGUCUUCGUCUUGCUCAUGAUAAAGUGCACUUUCUGCGGAGGAUAGAUGGCAAGGCAGAGAGAGUGACAUUCAGACAAGUGAACGUUGCAGAUGGACGAUGGCAUACCAUGGUCCUCGCACUCAGUGGCCACUACGCCGCACUCACUCUGGACUGUGACGUCCCAGUUGAGAUGCAGUUGGAGAAGCCAUUUCCUGAACAGAUGUACACAGGUGGCUCCACGUUCUUCAUUGGCAGCCGGAGGAGAUGGAGCAGUCUGUUUUCAGGUUUGAUUAGACAGCUUGUCCUCAUGCCUGGAUCAGAUGCAUCCUCACGUCUGUGUCCCUCAUCUGAACCCACGUUGUCUGUUCUGUCAGUUCCUCAAGUUCUAUUACACCUUCCAGUCAGACCUCCAACCGAUCAGCUUCCACUUUACCCUUAUGAGGCAGAGUUGCGUGUUACUCAGCGAGUUCCUCCAGUGUGUAUCAGUGCUCUCAUCGGCCAGCUGUGGUUCAGCAUUGAGAAGAGAUCACUGUUCUUGUGUAACGGCACUUCAUGGGUCACCAUGCUGCACGAGAAAGAAAAGUUGGAUUAUGUUGAAGAUCAUCAGGAUCUCUUCACAAACUCAGAGACAUUUGAUAUUGAGGUGUUUCAUCUCCCGUCCCUCGGCUUGUUCAUCGCUACAGCGAACCGUGACUCCAGAUAUGGUUCCAUAAUUUAUAGGUGGACCGACGGCAGAUUUGAGCGAUUUCAGAACAUCAACACAUUUGAUGCACAAGCGUGGAAAUUCUUCACUGUGGGAAAAAAGAGGUUCUUGGUCGUCGCAAACUCUGGAGGAUGUGAUGAUAAGUUUGAGCUCUCAGUGAUUUAUAAAUGGAGAGUGAAGAAGCAACGCUUCGUUAAAUAUCAGGAGAUUCAAACACACUGUGCUCGUGACUGGGAGGCCUUUCGUAUCCAUGACGAUAAUUUCCUCGCUGUGGCCAAUCACAGAAAAGGUGAGAUGAACCACAACAUCGACAGUGUGAUCUACAGGUGGAACCAACACAUCAAGAAGUUUGAGAUGAAUCAGACCAUCCCAACAUCUGGAGCCUAUGACUGGGAGUUCUUUACCAUUGGACCAUACCACUUCCUGGUGGUAGCCAACACCUUCAAUGGAAAAUCCACUGUCAUUAGCUCCACUAUCUACAUCUGGAUGGGGGAAAAGUUCCAGCCGUUCCAGUCAAUCAUGACAUAUGGAGCAAUUGAUUGGGAGAUGUUUCAGAUCGAUAACAGAUUCUUUCUGGCUGUAGCAAACUCUCAGAAGCUCAGUGACUCCAGCACAGUUUUCUACAACAUCAACUCAACCAUUUAUGAACUUAACACCACCUCACAGAGAUUCAUUAAGUUCCAGGAUAUCGCAACAAGCAGUGCUUUAGAUUGGGAGUUCUUCACUGUGGGUGAUGACAAGUUCCUGGUGGUGGCCAACUCAUUUGAUGGAGCUUCAUACUCAGUAAACAGUGUUAUAUAUCGGUGGCAGGGCUAUGAAGGAUUUGUGCCUGUACACAAACUGAACACACACGGAUGCAGAGACUGGGAAUUCUUCACUUCCUCUGAUGGAUCUUACCUCAUUUCCUCCAGCGCCAGAGCUGCGUACUCUAAAGUGCUCAAGCUGAAAACCUACUUCCAGCGUUGAGUCCAAACAUCUACAAGAUCAGGAGAAACAUCACAUUUAAUAGCAGCGUAGAUACAACAUUACAUCAUGACCUGCACCCUACACACACUCUCUCCACCUGGAUCAUGACAUGGGAUCAGAUAGGAUUAGAAACCUCAGCAGUAGACCACACCCUCUGUGUGUGCUGAGUUUAACCAAUCACAAUUCCGUUCUGCUUCCAGGACGUCUCGAUUGGCUUCUGGCAGCCAGACAGAAAAAAGAAAAAAACUUUAGGAAAUAUUAAUUUUAAUUGUCCAUCAGUUUAGUAAAAAUAAAGAUAGGAAUAAUAAAAUUCCAUCAAAUAUGUCAAAUAAA